CGGGGGAGGAGGGGAGGGGGAGAAGCCGCCCGUGUUCCGGGUCAGGCGCGGGAAUGCGCGGCGGCCGCCAGCAGCCCUGCGCCCGGCGCCCCGCGAUGCCCCUGCGGGGAGGGCAGCGGCCCGCCGAGGAGCAGUAGGGCCGCCCGCCGCCCCGCUCCGCUCCGGCUCCCGCCCAUUGUUCUCCCGGGGUCGCCGCGCUCGCCCGGGGCCGCUUCCCGCCGGCGGCGGCGGCGCGCUGGAUGCGGGUAGCCGCCGGCGGCUGGCCGGGACCCGCACUGCGCGGCGGCGGCGAGGGGGCAGCGGCUCCCGCGGCCGGCGGGGAGGCGGGGGCGGCGGUGAGCGGCGGCGCCGCCCGCCCCGCGGCCCCCGGCGGCCCGGCGCCCCCCCGGCGGGGCGAUGUUCCAUUGCAUCCCCCUGUGGCGGUGCAACCGCCAUGUGGAGUCCAUCGACAAGCGGCACUGCUCGCUGGCCGCCGUGCCCGAGGAGAUCUACCGCUACAGCCGCAGCCUGGAGGAGCUCCUGCUGGACGCCAACCAGCUCCGCGAGCUGCCCAAGCCUUUCUUCCAACUUGUGAAGUUACGGAAACUUGGACUUAGUGAUAACGAAAUCCAGCGGCUCCCUCCAGAAAUAGCGAAUUUCAUGCAGCUGGUGGAACUUGAUUUGUCUCGAAAUGAUAUUCCUGAAAUACCAGAAAGCAUCUCAUUCUGCAGAGCACUACAGGUAGCAGAUUUCAGUGGGAAUCCACUGACUAGGUUGCCUGAAAGCUUUCCUGAAUUACAGAAUCUAACGUGUCUUUCAGUAAACGACAUCUCUCUGCAAGCACUACCUGAAAACAUUGGGAAUCUUUAUAACCUGGCUUCACUGGAACUUAGAGAAAAUUUGCUGACAUAUUUACCUGAAUCACUUGCCCAGCUGCAGCGACUGGAAGAACUUGAUUUAGGAAACAAUGAACUUUAUCACUUGCCAGAAACAAUUGGUGCACUUUUCAAUCUCAAAGACCUCUGGUUGGAUGGAAACCAAUUAGCCGAAAUACCUCAGGAAGUAGGAAACCUGAAAAACCUGCUUUGUCUUGACGUUUCUGAAAAUAAAUUGGAAUGCCUUCCUGAAGAAAUUAGUGGUCUCACUUCUUUAACAGACUUGCUUGUUUCUCAGAAUUUACUUCAGGUCUUACCUGAUGGCAUCGGAAAAUUGAGGAGGCUUUCCAUUUUGAAGGUUGAUCAGAACAAACUUAUUCAACUAACGGAUUCAAUUGGAGACUGCGAAAGCCUUACAGAACUAGUUCUAACAGAAAACCAACUGCAGUCAUUGCCAAAGAGCAUCGGAAAACUAAAGAAGCUGAACAAUUUGAAUGCUGAUAGAAACAAAUUAACAUCUUUGCCCAAAGAGAUUGGGGGCUGCUGCAGUCUUAACGUCUUUUCUGUACGUGACAACAGAUUAUCUCGAAUUCCCACUGAAAUUUCACAAGCCACUGAACUUCAUGUUCUGGAUGUUGCUGGAAACAGGCUGACGUAUCUUCCCCUUUCACUGACUACCUUAAAGCUGAAGGCUUUAUGGUUGUCUGAUAACCAGUCCCAACCUUUGCUGACGUUUCAGACUGACACAGACCCUGAAACAGGAGAAAAGAUUUUAACAUGUGUAUUACUUCCUCAAAUGCCUUCUGAGCCUGGUUGCCAAGAUAACCUACCCCGAUGUGGUGCACUGGAGAGUUUGGUAAAUGAAAUGUCAGAUGAAACAUGGAAUGAGCGGGCAGUGAAUAGAGUCAGUGCGAUUCGCUUCUUAGAAGAUGAAAAAGAUGAAGAGGAUAAUGAAAUGGACUCUAUUAGGUGGCUUCCUAAGUCUCCUAAACUGUACAGUGGCCAUAACUGGAGGUCCCAGGGCUCUGGCUGGGCCUCGUUGAAAGGAAAAGAAAGUCUUUAUGGUGGUAACCUGUACAAAUUCAGCUCUGCUAACGGAAAAUGGAGGGAAGGAAGGAUCAGUCCCGAACAAGAAGCAGAGGAACUGGAGGAUCCUGAUGAUGAACCUAUUUCCAAGUUUUCUGGCAGCCUUUUUGAUACCGAUGAUAGCAUGAGAGAUCAAAGGAAUACCAGAAUGGCUCCUCAAGAAAAGCACAAGUUGGCGAUGAAAGGGAAGACUCUUCCAGGGACUAACACUAAGGUGCAGCCACCCAUCUCGGCAGCAGGCACCUUCCCUGGGGAGAGCGGACAGAUCCCAGAGGAAUCAAGGGUGCUGGAUGCACCACAGCCCCCACUGAAGGUAACCAUUACUGUGUGCAGUCAAAUGGGGAGUCUUGGUAUUAGCAUUGCUGGUGGAAAGGGCUCAUCUCCAUGUAAAGACAAUAAUGAGGGGAUGGUGAUCCCACGGGUGCUGAAAGAUGGUUCUGCAGACCUGGCUGGAGUGCAAGCAGGAGACAGAGUGGCAGAGGCAUCCCUUGUUUUGGAACCCAACGCCCUUGAUGCUGGUCCUACUGAAGCUUCACCCAAGGGCAGCCCCUUCCCGACAGUGAACCACGUCAUAACAAUCCCUCGGAUAAUCCUCACGCGCCCUUCCACUUCCGAUGAAGAUACCGACCAGUUGCCCCCAGACCCGGAUGACUUUGAGCCCGAGGAGCCCGACAGCGCAGAAGGCCAUGCCUAUUCGGACUGUCUGAACAGUGCUUUUUAUCCUCCCUAAUAAAGUACUUUUCUGGAAAGAAUUCAUGGGUGGUUUUCUUUCCCAUUUUUCGAUUAUAUUUAAUGUAGUACUUGAACCGCUAUGCCUUAUUUCUAUGGAAAACCGUUACAUGGAGGAUGGAUUUGAGCUGAGGGAGUAAAACCCAUGGCUGUAUUUCUUUGCCUUGAACUUCCCUUUGGCCAGAACCUGUGCACGUGAAACAAAACGAACUGGGUGAGGUUAUGUGAAUGACACCACGUGUUUCAACAGUGACUUGUAAAGGCAUCCUACAGCACCUAAACACAAUGCUGAAAAAAGCAGGUCAUUUUUUUAUUCAGAAGGUACUUCACCCAUUUGGAAACACACUGAAAACAAUAGUAUAGUUUGGGUUGUUUCUUUUAAAUCUUGUGCCCAUGCUUUGUCUAUAUAGCUCACCUUUUUGUCUACCCCCAGAUUCCUUUGAA